UGGAACGCAACUGGGUCCCUUCGACUGUACCAAGUCAAACGCUCAAGUUGCCUGGGACUGAGGAGAAGAGUUUAGGUAAAGUUCGAUGGAGGAGGCCGAAUGCUGCGUCUGUCUCCAAGGUUUUGAGGAGGAAGGGGAGCAUGUUCCGCGAGUUUUAAGAUGCGGCCACACGCUGUGCCAGGAGUGCGUUGUCCACCUUGCUCGAGACCGGCAACAGCAGCAGCAGCAGCAGCGGUUUGUUCGGUGCCCCGAGUGCUCUCACGUCACGGCCCUUGCGUAUCCGUCAUCGCUCCCGAAGAACUUUGAGCUGCUGCGACUUUCUGGUAGGAGUCGUCGUCCUCGGCCUGCUGCUGUCGCUCCAUCGUCAUUGUCUGUGGAAGGAGCUGGACAGUUUGUGCUGCGUGAUCUCCUCCACCCGUUUCCAGGUUCGGUUUCUAUUUGCGUCAGCUCAAGCUCAGAUUCAAGCUCGUCCCGGGAUCUCUUGCAUGGGCUGCUAGGUGAUGGGCUUCGCGUUUCGCUCUUCUUGCUCCUUGGGAGCAGCAGGAAAUGGAGAAGCAUUCUUGCUGGCAAGGAUGAUUUGCGCAGAGAAGAGGCGGCGAUGAAGCUUUGGCAGCAGGGGCUUUCACAGGGAUCGAGAAAGGAGAUAUUAGCGCUGUUGAGGGUAGCUUCGCUGUGCCAAGCGGCGUGCAAAGUUGUGGGAGUGUGGUUGAAUGACGAGCAUAGCAAGCUCUACCUGGUAAAUAACAUCUCAUUUGGGUCGACAAGCCUUUCUGCGCACCAUGUCCAAGGAGGCCGCCUCGCCGAUGCUGCCGCGGACUUGUGCGAGAUACUGAUGCAAAUCCACUCCCAAGGGAUGGUGCUGGGGAUUUUUGGCAUGGAGAUGUUCCAAGUGAGCCAGUUUGGUCGCAUCAUUAUGCACUGGAACGGGGCACUGGAGCUUCGUGGUGCCAUGCAUCGGAGUCUAGUGGAUGACAAAACUACUCGUGAAGCAUGGCAUUUCACAAGUCCAGAGAUGUUGGUAGCACUUUCCUCUGGGGCAGGGACCUUGGAAAGCGAAAACCAGGAGUCAUCCGACGUAUGGUCGCUCGCAUGCUUUCUCCUCCACCUCAUUCUCGAUCGACCCUGCCCAGCGCUGUCAUUCAAGCAAGCUUGCGAUGAGGUUAAGCAGAAAAGAACACUCCUUGGCGCCGCGGGACAUGGUGACAGUCCGUUUCAAGAGUUUUUGCUGAGUUGCCUUGCGGAGCACCCGGAUGAGAGGCCAACCAUGAAAGAGUUUUGCCACCAUCUCAAGCUGCUGCGAUCUCCAAAGACUUCAGUUACCAAUGACGAAGAGGACGCUCCGCCCGCGCGGAUAAGCUGGUGCUUCGGGCUUCAAGCACUGGACAUGUUGAUGAAAGAGGAAGUUUUCCAAGACCAGGAGCAGCAAGACCUGCAGCUUGAGGAGACCACAACGCUCGAAGGUCACACGGGUUGCAUCACUUCCCUCGCUUUUUGCGGAGCGAAUUUGGUGAGCGUCUCCUUUGAUAAAACUGUGCGGCUCUGGUCUUUGCAGGAUGAAUCUCUGCUCUGGAGCUGGGAAGACCAGCAUCCUCAACGUAUUCAAGCUCUAGCGGUAGACGAAGCUUCUCAGGUGUGCUACACUGGCGAUUACGGUCGACUUAUCUGCGUAUGGAAACUUUCGCAACCGUUUCAGAAGCAUCCCGUGGCUAAAUGGCAAGACCACAACGACUGGCGGUUCACUGGUGUCGCGUCUCUUGUUAUCUCGGACGACGGCGUUCUCUACAGUGGCAGCGGUGACAUGCUUGUCAAAGCGUGGUGUACAGAGACGCACAGCCUUUUGGGAACGUUCCGUGGCCACCGAGGAGUGGUCUCAACUCUUGCAGUAGACGGAGGACUUCUGUAUUCUGGAAGCUGGGAUGGCUGCAUCCGCAUCUGGUCUCGUAGCGACUUUGGCUCAGUUGGAGUUUUAAACGUUGGAACUGAUCCUAUCCGAGCACUAUCCAUCUCUUCUGACGAUGAAGCUGUUGUCUGUGGUCUCGACAACGGUGGCAUUCAGGUGUGGAAGAAUGGCAAAUGCGACGCUUCCAUCAGGCCUCACGAUGGACCAAUAUCGUGCCUGGCUACAAUCUCUACAGAUGGCUGUCUGUGUACGGGUGGCUGGGACAAAUCGAUCAAGGUGGUGCAUGUCAACGAUGAUGAUGUCAAGAAGAGCAUUACAUGCGAUGAUGCAGUAAUGUCGAUGGUCUACAAAGGCAACAAGCUGUACGCGGCCUUAGGGAAGAAUAUCAAAGUGUACAAGUGAUCUCAGAUAAGAUAAUGUUAAUCAGCAUGUCAACAUCUAAUCUAAGAUGACUCGGGAUGUGGA